CAAAGAGCACGCGGAGAGUAUUGCUCAGCAUGGCGCCACUCACGCAUUCUGAGUCACACCCCGGCAGUGCCAAACCGAAUUCACGUUCAUGGACAUCUCGACCUACCACUCCGCUGCGCCCCUCUUCUCGGUCAUCGCUGCGCGGGUCGCUUCAUCCAGCAAACAAUUCAGAGAACGCAUUUCCUCUCAAGAGGCUAGAGCCGGCUUUUGCCGAGCUUUCUGAUGCCAUGGCCGAUCUCGAGGCAAACAUGAUGCACUUCCAGCUUAUAGACGAAAGUUUGGCCAGGUUUGGUGAAUCGUUUGCCAGCUUCCUUUACGGCCUUAAUAUGAACGCCUUUUGCGUUGACUUUCCCGAGGUGCUGCUUCUGCUACUAUAAUUCCAAUCAAAUUCAAUGUAACUUGUUCUGAUCUAUCUUCUCUGUUUUGUCCAGACUCCCGUCCCCCAGUCGUUCAGCCGAAGCCGCCCGCAUCCUGCGCAAGCCAACAACGACCCACGACCAGCACAUGACGGAGAAACAACUUAUAUGACGACCGCGACCGAUGUAUCGUUUGUUGAAAGUCCUCCGGAAUCGACAGCGCCCAGUCUCAAGCGCAGUAUACCUGCGCCACGCCAGUCCCGUUUGCCAUCGGCACGAGGUAGUUCCAC